AUAUUAUCAUACUCGUCGCCGGCUAAAAAAACGUAUAAUAUGCAGCAUGCUGUUCAGUCAGUGUUCAUAUAUGCGUCGCGGAAAUCACGCAGACAAGGAAAUUUGUGAUAUCAUUUACUAAUUUUCAAUAAAUAACACUCCAAUGUUGCUUAUCUAUUCAUCGUAAAAGCAGCCAAAUUAAAAUUCUCAACACAAUGCUUCCAAAAGUAACCAAAACUCCAGAAACAAGUAGUAAAACUUCAGAUUCUGAAUUAAAGAUUAUAGAUAAGGAAGCAGGGAAAUCAAUAGGUUUGAAAUUUAAUGUAGAAGAUAUCAAAUUCGCAGAAUCGCUAAAUCGUAAACGAAAAAAAGAUGAAAGUUCAGAUUUGGAGUCUAACAAUGAACAGGAAAAUACAGAACAGAAAAGGAUAAGAAAGAACGAAGACGAUGUAAAAUCAUUAUCUUCGAAAAUGGAUUACAAAUGCAAUGAGAAAAAUAAUGUAGAAUCAAACAGUAAAACUAAAAUGCAAAGUGAAAGUUUUUUUGUUAUUAGUAAAAUAUCUAAUAUAAAUAAUUGUAAUGAAAGUGUAGAUGCAUCUUCAAGAAGAGUACAGAAGACUUUUACCUUGCAAAGGACAAAAACUAAAAAGUGUGAUGAAACUUUAGAGUUAAAAUCCAGUGAACAAAAUCAGAGUGCUAAUUUUAAAAAUACCUUAUGCGAUAGAGCCAAAAAAGAAGUAAUUACAAGGACAGAAUUAAAAUUUAAGCCAAAAAGAAGGAGAGUAAUAAGUUCAGAUUCUGAGACAAACGUAGAAGAGAUAAAUGAAAGUGUUGUACAUGAAUUCCAAACAAAGGACAAUAAUAUUAAUGUCAUUAGUAAAUUUGAAGAACACAUCCCUGAAGAAAAAUUUAAUGAUAAAUUGCAUUCUAAAUCCGCUUCUAGUAGUGAACAUAAGCUUUCAGAAUCUGAUACUUUAGAAUCAUUAAUUAGCAAAUCAGAUUCUGAACCUAAAGUUAUAGAAGAUGACGAAGAUUGGAAUUACAAACCAAAACUAAUAAAAUCACAAAAUUCAAUAAAAUCAAGCUCUAUAGUAGAAAAGAAUGGUAAAAGUUCAGAAUCUGAUUCAGAAAUAGUAAAAGUAGUAAGUAGUAAAGCUUCAAAUUCAGAAUCUGAAAAAGUAGAUGAUAGUCAAAAGUUUUACAGAAAAAAAGCACAAAAAUCUGUAGUAAAGAAGCAAAGUGAAAAAUUAGGAUCUGACUCCAUAGAAGUUUUUAGUGAUAAACCUGAAGAAGUCAAUAAAAUAAUAAAACUCAAAGUAAAUGAAAAGUUAGAAACAUCUGAAUUUCAUUCAACAGAAGAAGACAGUAGCAACUCUUCAGAUUCAAAAUCCAAUAAAGUUAAUGAAACUUCUUACAAUCACAAGCCUCAGACAAGACAAUCACAUAAUAAUUCAAUUCAGCUGUCAAAAACUAAUAUCGAUAGAGUACAAAAAAUAUCAGAGUCUGAUUCAGUAAGGAUUGACAGUAGUUCUAAUUCUGAAACUGAGGAUGUAACUGUAUCUAAUGACUCUCCAAAACAAGGGUCACGAGAUAAGUCGUAUCCAGUGUUAACAAGCGAUUUAGAUAAGAAACUUUCAGAAUCAGAGUCUGAUUCCAUAGAAGUAGCCAGUAGUAAAUAUUCAGACUCUGAAACUGAAGAAAUAAAUCAAAAUACUUUGAAUUUUAAUUCUCAAAGAAGGAAGUCACAGAGAGCAAAAAGUAAGUCAGAUUGGGAACUAGAGUCAUCAGAGUCGGAUUCAAUAAAUGUAGCCAGUAGUAAAGCUUCUAAUUCUGAGUCUGAAGAAAUAAAUAGAAACACUCCCAAUUAUAGUUCUCGGAGACAGAAGUCACAAAAAGCAAAUAAUAAAGUAGACAGAAAACAGAAGAUACCAAAGUCUGAUUCAAAAGUAGAUAGAAGUAAAGCUUCUCCUGAUUCAAAAGUAGAUAGAAGUAAAGCUUCUGAUUCUGAGUCUGAUUCAAAAGUAGAUAAUAGUAAAGCUUCUGAUUCUGAGUCUGAUGAAAUAAAUAGAAACACUCCCAAUUAUAGUACUCGGAGACAGAAGUCACAAAAAGCAAAUACUAAAGUAGACAGAAAACAGAAGAUAUCAGAGUCUGAUUCAAAAGUAGAUAGAAGUAAAGUUUCUGAUUCUGAGUCUGAUUCAAAAGUAGAUAGUAGUAAAGCUUCUGAUUCUGAGUCUGAUUCAAAAGUAGAUAGUAGUAAAGCUUCUGAUUCUGAGUCUGAUUCAAAAGUAGAUAGUAGUAAAGCUUCUGAUUCUGAGUCUGAUUCAAAAGUAGAUAGUAGUAAAGCUUCUGAUUCUGAGUCUGAAGAAAUAGAUAAAAACUCUUUCAAUUGUAAUUCUCAAAAAAGGAAGUCAUUGCAACAUGAAUCACCUUCCACUUUAAUAAAUAAUUUAAAUAAGCAACAAACAGAACCAGAGUCAUCUAGUAGUAAACAUUUAGUGUCAGAGUGUGAGAAAGUUGAUACAAAUGUUUCAAGUUCUAAAUCUAAGUCUCCUAAACAAAAAAGGAAACUUAGAAAUUCAGAAUCUGACACAAUUGAUGUAAUUAAUGCAGAAGUUUCGGAUUUUGAACCUAAAACAGUAAAUAAAAAUAAUUCAAAUCUCAAAUCUCCAAGAAUAAAGUCACAAGUAGACUUACGUAGUACAAAGCAAAAAAAAGAAAAACUUACAUUUUUGAAUGCGUUUUUAAAGAAACAUGUAACAGAAGAUAAAGUUUCGGAAACUUCUGAUGUUUCAGAUUUUGUACUUGAAUUGGAUGAUGAAGAUGAUUGCAACAUAAAAGAAAUAGAUCUGGAAGAAGAAGAAGAUAAAGAAGAAAUAGGCAAAAGUUACGCAGACAGAAUUUCUUACUGGCCAACAAAUCAAGAACUUAAGAAAUUGAAGUCAAUUCAUAUAAAAUUACAGCAUGAUGCACCUCCACAACACAACAUAGAAAAAUCCUCAGGUACACGUAUUUUAAGUAAAGAAGAAAAACAGGAAUUUGAAAAAUAUACUAAAUUAAAAAAGGGUGCAUUCUCUAAAUAUGAAGACCAAAUUCUUAAAAGAAACUGGAGAAACUUUUGCAAGUUGUAUGACUGGGAUAUUAACAAUCCCAAACCAUUUUUGCAUAUGAAGUAUAAGAACAAAGAAUUUUUCUUAUGCCGAAGGCAGGACAGAAUGAAAUUUGUGCAAUUUCUAGCCAAUGGACUUUUGGAUAGGUCAUUGUACAGUGUUUAUCAAAGGUUUAGAGUCAUCUUUGAACCGCACAAAGUUAUGAGGUACAAACCAGAAGAGGAUAGAGUCAUUCUUGAUUUUAUGUAUAAAAAUCAGAUUAAAGAGAACGAAACGUUUGUCACUUCUAGAGAUCGAAGAUUUGCAGAUCUAGCAUUAAUUCUGAAGAGGACACGAGCCUCCGUGUGGCGUCGAUAUCAAGUACUGCAAAAAAAGCAGCGAAAGAGAAAUAAAAGGAGAGACUCCAAUAAUUUAUCGGAUUCAUACUAGAUUUUACGUUAGAGGUUUAUUUUCUUGUAAAAUAAGUCACUGUGCAUCGAAAUCAUUGUAGGUAGUAUUUUAAAGUAUCUUUCAAGUUAUAGGAAAAGUCGAUGUGUCAAAGAAAUAUUAUUUUUGAAUUAACUUUGUGGUGUAGAAAAAAUGAACUCCGCAGAUAACUUUGAAUGUUAUUAAAUAUUUAUUUAAUAAAUGUACAAUUAGAAUCGUUAGUACUCGCUGACUAAAGUAACUGUAAAAAAGCCACUUAACAUUUUUGUAUUACAAAAGUAGAACAUGUUAGCAAUAAUAAUGAUGAUUAGAGUAUAACUAACGAAAAUAAA